GCCGGCUCGUCGGUGGGUUCGCCAAACUUCCGGUUGACUGAGAGCAGCGACGAGCUCAUUUUGUGCCAUUGAAUACAUUCUAUUUGAGCGUUAAUUCGGUGGAUACCGUCUCCCAGGCAGCCAUGUCGAGUCGCGAGGCCCUCAACAUGAAGCUUCCCCCGAUCCAGUCCACGGCCGGAGCCGUGCCGGUCCGGAACGAGAAAGGUGAGCUCUCCAUGGAGAAGGUGAAGGUGAAGAGGUACGUGUCGGGCAAACGCCCCGACUACGCGCCGAUGGAGUCGUCCGACGAGGAGGACGAGGACUUCCAGUUUGUGAAGAAGGGAAAGGAGGAGGAGGCAGAGGUGAAGCAGGAGGAAGAGGACGUCUCCGACCCGCGCCUCAAGCGUCUGCUCAACCGCGUCUCCGAGGACGUGGAGGAGAGGCUGGCGAGACACAGACAGAUCGCGGAGCCCGAAGUCGUUGCCGAGAGCAGCGAGGACUCUGAUGAAGGCACGUGGCACCCGGAGCACCCAGAGGAGAGUAGUGAGGAGGAGGAGGAAGAGGAAGAGGAGGAAGUGGACGACGAGGAAAUCGAGAGGAGGCGAUCGAUGAUGCGCCAGCGAGCCACCGAGCGGAAGAACGAGGAGAUGGAGGUCAUGGAGGUGGAGGAGGAGGGGAAGUCGGGGGCGGAGUCCGAGUCCGAGUCGGAAUAUGAGGAGUACACCGACAGCGAGGAUGAAGCGGAGCCUCGGCUCAAACCGGUCUUCAUCCGCAAGAAGGACCGAGUCACGGUGGCGGAGCGCGAGGCGGAGGAGCUGAAGCAGCGGGAGCUGGAGGCCGAGGCCAAGAAGCAGGUGGAGGAGCGCCGGCGCUACACCCUCAAGAUCGUGGAGGAGGAGGCCAAGAAGGAGUUUGAGGAGAACCGGCGCACGCUGGCCGCUCUGGACGCGUUGGACACGGACGGCGAGAACGAGGAGGAGGAGUACGAAGGCUGGAAGGUCAGGGAGCUGAAACGCAUCAAGAGGGACCGAGAGGUCCGAGAAGUCAUGGAGAAGGAGAAGGCGGAGAUCGAGAGGUUCCACAACCUGACGGAGGAGGAGCGCCGCGCCGAGCUCCGCAACAGCGGCAAGCAAGUCACCAACAAAGCCAGCAAGGGCAAAUACAAGUUCCUCCAGAAGUACUACCACAGAGGAGCCUUCUUCAUGGAUGAGGAGGAGAACGUGUACAAGAGAGACUUCAGCGCGCCGACUCUGGAGGACCAUUUCAACAAAACCAUCCUCCCCAAAGUCAUGCAGGUGAAGAACUUUGGCCGCUCCGGGCGCACCAAGUACACCCACCUGGUGGACCAGGACACCACCUCCUUCGACUCGGCCUGGGCCCAGGAGAGCGCCCAGAACAGCAAGUUCUUCAAGCAGAAGGCGGCGGGCGUGAGGGACGUGUUCGACCGGCCCACCGUGAAGAAGAGGAAGACCUGAGGACCGAGGGGAGGGGGGGCGCGACUCCCCAGAGACUGUUUCUCGCUGCUGGAUCAAAGCAGCCAACGGACCCGUUCCAACCCAAAAAACCUACUUGAGGCAGAAUGACUGAAACCAAACGGAUUAAACGUCCUGCUGACUUUUAUUUUUCAAGCACCGGGUUGUCAUCCUGUAAAAAGCAGCUGCAACGCUCGCCUGUAUUUCAUUUUCUUUCAUUUGUGUUGAAUAAAACUUGUAUUUCCA